UCUCUCUUUCCACUUUGCCCUCUUCCUCCAUCAUGUUUGGGAUGCUGAAAGAUCACCUCCAGCCGGGAUUUUUCUUCUUUUUCGUGUGGUUCUGCCACCACAUGGAGCAUCAGAAAGUUCAAGCUGGGAACUGCUGGUUGCAGCAGGGCAAGAACGGCCGCUGCCAGGUGCUCUACAUGCCCGGGAUGAGCAGGGAGGAGUGCUGCAGGAGCGGCAGACUGGGCACGUCCUGGACCGAGGAGGACGUCCCCAACAGCACGCUGUUCAGAUGGAUGAUCUUCAACGGCGGAGCCCCCAAUUGCAUACCUUGCAAAGAGUCGUGUGAAAAUGUGGACUGCGGGCCGGGCAAGAGGUGCAAGAUGAACCGGAGGAGUAAGCCGCGGUGCGUUUGCGCGCCGGACUGCUCCAACGUCACGUGGAAGGGACCCGUGUGCGGCUCGGACGGCAAGACCUACAAGGACGAGUGCGCGCUCCUCAAGGCCAAAUGCAAAGCCCACCCGGACCUGGACGUCCAGUACCAGGGAAAAUGCAAAAAAACGUGCCGCGACGUGCUGUGCCCCGGCAGCUCCACCUGCGUGGUGGACCAGACCAACAACGCCUACUGCGUGACCUGCAACCGGGUUUGCCCCGAAGUGACUUCCCCCGAGCAGUACCUGUGCGGCAACGACGGCAUCGUGUACGCCAGCGCCUGCCACCUGAGGCGGGCCACCUGCCUGCUGGGCCGCUCCAUCGGGGUGGCCUACGAGGGCAAAUGCAUCAAGGCCAAGUCAUGCGAGGACAUCCAGUGCGGCGGCGGCAAGAAGUGCCUGUGGGACACCCGCAUGAGCCGAGGACGCUGCUCGCUGUGCGACGGCGCGUGUCCGGAGAGCCGGACGGACGAGGCGGUGUGCGCCAGCGACAACACCACCUACCCCAGCGAGUGCGCCAUGAAGCAGGCCGCCUGCUCCGAAGGGGUGCUGCUGGAGGUCAAGCACUCGGGAUCUUGCAACUCUACACUGUAUUCCCCUCAUGUAGCCAUCAGAGAAGACCAGGAAGAGGAUGAGGAUGAUGAAGACUACAAGUCCCAUGUCCAUUUAUCAUCUAUGCUGGAUGGAUAGCCCCCCCCCUUCCGAUCACGCCAGUCCCAAGGAACCAUGUCCAUACUGUACAUGACGUGUAUGCUUAUUUAUUUUGAAACAAAAAGGAAGUAUACAUAUAGUCCAGUCUGCUAGAUGUUUAUUUAUGCAUUUCUUUGUUUUCUAAUUUAUACAUUUACCAUGUCAGGCUUACAAUCUACCACUCAUUUUCUCCUUUUUGUUUUGUUCUUGUUGUACUGUUUAGUUUUCUUUUUUUCCUUUUUUUUGGUCAUCUUUACUACUAUGAAGAAAUAUAUUUGUCCAAAGAGAAACGUUGUUAUUUAUUUGUCACGUUUACCUUGUGUGAGUCCUCGACAAAUGCUGUAAAUUGCAUUCCGCUUUCAUUCAGCUGUAAAAAAAGAAAGGAAGAAAGAAAGAAAGAAAGAGAGAAUAAAAUCUGCUUGUUAGUGUCAAAUCUCUAUCACAGAUGUCUAUGUCACACCUACAUAAAUGCAUGUUUAGGCAGUGUGUUUAUUUAUUGGGAAUAUAUCAACAAUUUUUUUUAAUGUACAGAUGGGUUUUUGGUUUGUUUACAGAUCAUAACAAUAACUGACCAAAGGGACUCUCUCAAUGUUUUUUUUCAUUAUUAUUAUUAAACAGAUGCAACACAGCAGUAAUAUAAAAAUGGAAGAGAAAAAGGAAAAAAAAAAGAGCCAGUUGAAUUUUCCUUUUCAUGUUUUUUUUCCAGUUCACUUUUAGCCCUUCAGCUUUGUCAACAUUUUUAGAUUGCAUUUAUAUUGUGUCAUUAGAACAAAAAGAAGAAAAAAAAGGUACAUUUUGGAUAAUACUUGAUGACUUUUGGAAACAAUGUGCCAUUAAUAUUUGUGUGCUGUUGUCUUUCGACACGUAUUUUGCUGCACUAUUCAACACAAA